AUGGAACGGGAGACAAGAGAGUGCAAGGAGGCGGGAGGCGAGAAGAAGGCAGUGGAGGUGGGAAAGUUAGGGAGAGAACGUAAAGAGGAAGACGAGACGGCAGAGAGUGGAGACGGAUAUGUGACGGGAAGUGAGAAGAGAGAGUCGGCGAGAGGUGGAGGCCUGAGGGAAGGAAAAGUAGCCCCAACGACGAGCCACAAAUCAGAGCGUGUACACCGUAAACCUAAUCUCCGAUGCUCGUCGGCCAUUUUGUGGGAUUUUGUGGUAGGCCAGGAGGACAGUUUACGCGAUAUUGAGGACACAAUUACCCCUUCUAACUUGACUAUAAGUGUACAAGAACUAUGGGCAGUGUCAGGUGUAUUAUGUUAUGUUCUACGCACAUGCCCAGGAUGGCAGAACAUACCUCUUGUAUUCAAGAGAAGUUUUGCUUACACCUCCCCACUGCUGAAGCAGGCUUCAGGUGGAGCUGGAGAGAUCGGGGGCAGCAGCGGUGGAAGCACAGUGAAAGGUGAAGGGGGUGGUAAAAAAAGUGCCUUCUCCAAAGGAACGGGCAAAGAUGGAGGAAACCAUCUUUCCUGCCCUAAGUGUGGUGAUCCUUGUACACACGUGGAAACAUUUGUAUCUUCAACAAGAUUUGUAAAAUGUGAAAAAUGUCAUCACUUCUUUGUUGUUUUGUCCGAAAUGGACACAAAAAAGAGUUUGAAAGAAAAUCGUGAAGAUCACAAAAAUGGAUUUUAUCGUAAACCACCUCCUCCUCCGAAAAAGAUAUUUGAAUAUCUAAACAAACAUGUUGUGGGGCAAGAAUAUGCCAAAAAGGUCCUAUCAGUUGCAGUGUAUAAUCACUACAAACGUAUAUAUCACAAUAUUCCUAAUCAACAAUCUGCCAGCCAGAGGCAUGACACGGCAGUAAUGGAGCAGGGUUCACAGUCAUUCUCUCACAGAGAUUUGCUACAUAUAUCAGGCAUUGGCCAUCCUUCAUCUUUAGGUGUAGGAUUCCAGCAUCCAAGUCCAGAACCUGACCCAAAACGAUCUUCAUCUGGUCCAAAUGGUUUUGGAAGUGAUAUACUUGAUGCAGCUAGCCAUGAGUUGCGGCUGGAGAAAAGUAACAUAUUACUGUUGGGUCCCACAGGCUCUGGUAAAACUUUGUUAGCUCAAACAAUCGCUCAGUGUUUGGAUGUUCCUUUUGCAAUCUGUGAUUGUACAACGUUGACACAAGCUGGUUAUGUUGGAGAAGAUAUUGAGAGUGUCAUCGCAAAAUUGCUCCAAGAUGCAAAUUAUAGCGUUGAACGAGCUCAAAUGGGCAUAGUAUUUUUGGAUGAAGUUGAUAAAAUUGGAGCUGUACCUGGUAUACAUCAACUUCGGGACGUAGGAGGUGAAGGUGUUCAGCAGGGUAUGCUAAAGAUGCUGGAAGGUACUGUUGUAAAUGUGCCUGAAAGAAAUUCUCCUCGAAAGCUGCGGGGAGAAACAGUACAAGUGGACACAACAAAUAUUCUUUUUGUAGCAUCUGGAGCUUACAAUGGCUUAGACAGAAUCAUCAGUAGAAGAAAAAAUGAGAAGUAUCUAGGUUUUGGAGCACCAGUAUCAGAAUCCCCGGGACGCCGAGCAGCAUCACUUGCUGACCAAGCUAAUCAGAGUGCCUCUUCCUCUGCAGAGGAAGAUAAUGCUGAAAAAGAUGCAUUUUUGAGACAAGUAGAAGCAAGAGAUCUUAUUGAAUUCGGAAUGAUACCUGAAUUUGUUGGUCGGUUUCCUGUUUUGGUACCAUUCCAUUCACUCAACCAAGAACUGCUUGUUCGAAUAUUGACUGAACCUCGAAAUGCUAUGGUUCCUCAGUAUCAAAUGCUCUUUGGCAUGGAUAAGGUUGACCUUUCAUUUUCUCCUGAUGCUCUUCGAGCAAUUGCAAAAUUAGCAAUGGAACGCAAGACUGGAGCACGAGGCCUUCGAGCAAUUUUGGAGUCGUUGCUGUUGGAUCCCAUGUUUGAUAUCCCUGGUUCGGAUGUUAUGAGUGUCCACAUAACCGACGAUGUGGUCAAUGGGAACAAUUCACCUGUCUACAUUCGUGGAAAGCCAGUGAGAGAAGAAGAGGAACAAACAAUAGAAGUCAGAGCAGAAGCUAAAUAAAAUAGACUUUCAUUUUUAGAAAAAGACUUAAUGAAUCAAUAACAAAUUGACAUAUGACAUCCGAGAAUAUGAAGUGACUAUGCCUACUUGUGCUCUAGACAGGUGUAAUUCAGUACAAAUGUGUGUAAAGCACGUUCUAUUUGUUUUGUGAGUAGAUAAUUGUGCAAGAAACUGAGGUACAUUACAUUUAUAUAAUAUACAAUAAAAUUAUGCAGAGUCUAGGGUAAAAUAAAGUCUUGGAGAAACAUGAUUUUGUUUUCAAAAGUAUUGAUUUUAAUUGUAAGAAACCCACCUGUUUUCAUUUCUUUCUCUUUUUUACAUUUACCUGUGUCCUUAUGAUGCAGAAUGCAUGAGGUAAUGUUAUUUGUUUAUGAUUUACAGUUAUUCAGAAACUGUGAUUUUUAGUUGUGUUAAGACUCCUUUACAAGAUCUUGUGCUUUUGUAGUUCAUUCAAGAAACUUUUUUUUAUUCUUGAAAAUGGUGAGAAUGUAAAAUCUUGCAUAUAUUAACUUGUUUUAUAUGUACUAUACUGUAAAUAUUAUCGGUAUUUAUACCAAACACAAUUGUGGAUCUCUGAAUUUCCAUCAUGUUCAUGUAAAAAGAAUUAUAAAAUAAAUCUACAAUAUGUCUUAUUCAUUUUUUUACUAAUUUUAUUUCAAUUUCAUUGGUUCAGGUUCUUAUUUUAAG